GAAAGAAAAAUAUUGCAGUCUGACCAGAAAACAUGGCUGCCGCCCAGUGCGCAGCAAACCGUUUGCGGAAAUGAGGUGCCCAUAUUCUGCUGCAGAGGAGAGCACCAUGAUGAGGAGUCAUUAGGCACCCUCCAUAGUAUGGCCGCGUCCCGUUCUUCGCGUGUCACAAGAUCAUCAGUGGGGUUAAAUGGACUGGACGAAAACUUUUGUGGCCGAACCCUCAGGAACCGCAGCAUCGCACAGCCAGAGGAGACCUCGCCUCCUCCCACACCCAGGACUCGCUUGCCCUCGAAGAAGCAGGACUGCCAGCAGGCCGGGACUCAGUCAGGCAAGGUAGCCGAAGGAGAGUCUCUGCCCACCCACAGGAAACGGGGCUUGUCUGUCUCUGAGAAAGACGAGCCAGAGAGGUCAGAAACCUCAGAACGAGUUCGGGCUGUGGGAGGACAAGAAUCCUCUCCUUCCCUGAAGAGGGCUAAGCGGUGCUCUCACUCAGGGGAACCCCAAGGAACUGAAGAGGAACCGGUUCCCAAAUCCGAGAGCCCUGAUCCGGCUGCGGCCAAGGGCAACGAUGAGGACUCUAAAUCGGACUUUGCUUCAAACUCUCCCUCAGAUUCGGGCUUGGCGUUGUCUGUCAGCCUCGACAAAGAGUGUGAGGAGGAAAAGGACGAGGACAAAGAGGAAUGUGGUCCUUUUCUGCCAGCUGUCGAGUCCCACAAGGCGACCAAUGGCCUAGCUGAGGUCCAUAAGGAUGACUUAGAAUCUGCGGUUUUGCCUGCAGACCCCUGUGCCUGCCCCACAACGCUCACGAACAGUCCCUCGCUGCCCAAUGGCAGCCAAGUGGCAGCUUCAACCCUGGACCCCAUUGUGCCUUGUACAUCCCUGCUUCUUAAACAGGUGGAUGAGUUCAAUGGCCCUCAGGCCGAUGCAGAGAGGAACUGCUCAGCUGAUCAGGUCUCUGAAGUUGUCCUGUCUCUGGAGCCUGAGGUUGAGGUUGAGGUGGACGUGGUCGGGGACACUAGCCAGGUCCAGGACGAGCACGUGGCUAAGGAGAGCACUAACGGUGGCCUGGUUGUGGAUCUGCAGGACCCAUUGGACGAUUGCUCAAAUAUCUCAGGGGAAACAGCAGGGCUGUCCUCCCAGCUUCCCACGGAGCCACCUUCUUUCACAGAGCCUCAAGAGCAUAGGUACACCCUGAGGACUUCCCCUCGCCGCACCUCCUGUGUCGGUGGGCCAAGAUGCAGCUCCCCCAAGCCUGGUUCCCCCCACAUGGAUAACGGAUUACUGAAGGACGAGGUCGCGGCUGUUCCUCUUGACCUGGAUGACUCGGCCUGCCAUAAAGAACCUCUGACCGAUGAGCCGAGCCUCGUCAGCGAGGCCGACAGCGAACUCUCUGAACACGCAGGGGCCAGGGUCGGUGAAGAUACCGGCUUGUUGGUUAGUAAAGUUACCAGAUCCACCAAAGAACCAUCGGUCGGGCAGGCCGAGGAGGAAGAGGUGGAGGACGACGAUCCUGAUGUCUACUACUUCGAGUCAGAUCACUUGGCUCUUAAACACAACAAAGACUAUCAGAGACUGCUCCAGACCAUCAGUGUGCUGGAGGCCCAAAGAACCCAGGCCAUCCUGGAUCUGGAGGCACUUGCUCGCCACCAGAAGCAGGCCCUGACCAACCCUGUCGCCUUUGUGGACCAGCUUCAGAAACAGGUGGAGUUGGGCUUGCCCUGUCCGCAGAGAGUCGUCCAGCUUCCCGAAAUCGCGUGGGACCAGUACACCUCAGGCCGCAGUGAAUUCGAAAGGGACUUUUGUGACAAGAAGCGCAAGACCAGGCAGUUGAAGUUAAUUUUCGACAAAGUUGGCGUACCGGCAAGACCAAAAAGUCCGACCGAUUCCAAGAAGGAGAGCGACAACUCUGGUGUGUACUCGUCUCUGCCUUCCAGCGACGCUCCAGAACUCGGCAUGCUUAGAAACAGGACACACAUGAUUAGAGGGAGACUGUAUCACCAGAACAAACCAGACACCUUUAACCAGCUGUGGACGGUGGAGGAGCAGAAGAAGCUGGAGCAGCUGCUCCUCAAGUUCCCACCCGAGGAGGUGGAGUCCAAACGGUGGCAGAAGAUCGCAGACGAGUUGGGGAACAGGACGGCCAAACAGGUCGCCAGCCGGGUGCAAAAGUAUUUCAUUAAACUGACAAAGGCGGGAAUUCCAGUCCCAGGGCGAACUCCAAACCUGUGCAUGUACAACAAAAAGACCUCGAAUAAGAGGCAGCACCACCUCAACAAGCACCUGUACCGGCCGUCCACCUUCCUCACGUCCUACGAGCCACCCGUCUACAUGGAGGACGAGGACGAGCGCUCGAGCUUCAUGAGUGGCCUGCAGGACGGCACGGCCCACGAUUCGGAUGAGGACAGUAUACCGGUGGAGCUGAGGCACCUGCCAGAGUUUAAAGAGCUGCAGGAGCUGAAGAGACUCAGGAAGCAGAAGAUUCACGAGUUCCAGUGUGAGAGCGCCCUGACACAGCACGUAGGCUACAAGUGUGAUAUGUGUGGCAUGGAGCCGAUCCAGGGCGUACGGUGGCACUGCCAGGACUGCCCGCAGGACAACGCUGCCGACUUCUGCGCCAACUGUGCCGACUGUGCGUUUAAGACGGACACUCACACGCCGAGUCACCGCCUGGAGCCGAUCCAGCAGGCCGAGACCUUCCUGGACAGAGACUACUGCCUGCCUGCGAGCGCCGCCUACAACUACCUGGACCCUAACUACUACCCGGCCAACAGAUGACAGGAGCGAGGCAGGGCCGCUCGGACCCGGGGCCGGACUCACGUCGUCCACUCACUAGAGGCAGAUCCGCUUACAGCAGGAGGACCCUGAACCACCGCUGUGCUCGAGCUCACACGCCAUCUCCAACGCAAACGGGAGGGAGCGGCGUCCCCGCUCGUCUCCACUCCCCGUCACCCAGCUGCUGUCGUCAGGCCUUCGAAGUGUGUUUGUGUUUGAGUGUGUGCGUCAGUGUGUGUGAAGGUGGACAUAAAAAGGGACUCAGUGCUGACUUUCCAUUCACACCAGGUUUUUAACCAGGAGGAUUUGCUAACAAAUCGGACGUUCUUAAUUUACAGAACACUGAACACACACUUUUACUAGAAGCUGCUUGUUUUUUUUUGUUUUGUUUUGUUUAUGUUCUUCUUCUUCUCAUACCCCAGACUGUCACGAUGUCGAUCAUGUUUUUUUUAUUAUUAUUUUUGAUCAUUAAAUGUUUUCUUUUUAUGUUUAAGCUGCAGCACAUGAAGCACAUCACGGAUAAGACCAGCUGAGAGACGCACUUGGUAGGUGUUAUAAUAGUAUGGGGUGUGUUUUCUCUCUCUCUCUCUCUCAUAUCCCUUCCUCCUCACUUCUUCUGUGUGUACUAUCGUCAAUCAUGUGGAGUAUACAAACGUACGGUGAAUCUAGCCAGUGGUAGGUACUGUGCCAUUAUUAUUAUUUUUUUUUUAAAGCAUCCGGAAGAUUCCAUGUUUCACGUUUUAGGAGUAAAAAAAAAAAGGAAACCGUGGAAAAAUCUGCCUACUCUUCACACUUCUUCUUUUCUCCCCCCUCCCUCAUGAUCCAUGACAAAAGUGUAUUUUUAUUAAUCUAUUUAAACGGCAGCGAUGCCAGAAAAGAUGUUAUGGAGGUGGUGCUCAUCGUCGUCGUCCCUGUCGCCGCCGCCACAGAAGAGCUCCACCCGGUGUUAUUUUAUACACACAGAUUUUGUUGUGCUUUCAACGUAGACCAUUUUGUAUUGGAUUUAGUUUUGUUCCCCUUCUCCCACUCUCUCUCUCUUUUCGCCCCCCGCCUUCCCUCCCCCCCCUGUUUGUCCUGCUUCAAUAUCAGUGUAUAACAGUCUGUUCUUAAAUAAUGUUCACAUGUUAGAGGAGAACUGUGGAAAUAAAAGUAUGUGAAAAGUCUUUCUACACCACACGCCUGCACUCUCGUCCUUCACUUCACCUCUGCAGUCUGUUCCGUGUCUCUCUCUCUCUUUCUCUUGCUCUCUUGGAAGAAGCGGCUGGAACGCAAGGAAGGGAAAUUGUCCAAAUGAAUCCUUAUUAUGGCUUUGAGACAGCUGGAAUAUAAAGAAGGUAUUAAAUCUAAAAGAAAAACACGAGUGUAGGAAUUUAUAAUGUAUUUUUCAGCGUGAGGAAUAAUUUUAAAAUGUUUAGGAUGUAAACUUCUAAAUACAUCAAGUACACUGAACAUAUUAUACAAUAUUAUAUAUUACGUAGACUUGGAGUUUAAAAAAUAAAAACAUUAAUAAUAGCAUAUAUAAUAAACAGGUAAACAUUGUUUUUGGUUACUUGACUAUUAUUUAAGCUCUAAGGAUUUAAUUAUUAAAAUCUGAAAUUAUUUAGACUAUCUGGAGAGUUAUUAUUCAGACAGGUUUUUUUUUAUUUAUAUUUUUUAUAUUAAAAAGUCUUU